AUGACAAGAAGAAGAAUUAGGCUUGGAUGGAUAGCAAAUAGGGCUGCUAGAAAGGCAACUUUAAAAAUGAGGAGGUCAAACUUGCUGAAAAAAUUUGGUGAAUUGGCCAUCUUAUGGCAUGUCACCACUGUAAUCAUCAUCAACAAUCCAAAUGAACAUGAAGCAGCACUAUGGCAUGCACACACAACAACCAGUUGUGCAACAAAUUCUAAAUGGGUUCCUCAACCUCCCGAAGAUCGAUCAGUCAAAGAACUUGUACAAUCAAGAGACGUACUUGAAAGCAGGCAUAGAGAAAUUGGAGAAGAAAUUCAAGAUAGUGGAAAGGAAAUUGAAGGAGUCGGAGUUAGAAAAUCCGAUGAACCAAAUUGA